AAAGAAAGUCAAGUCUUGUUGGCCGAUUCACAAGAAAGGAUGCAGUUACAUAUUAUCAUGGUCGUAAUAGAAGCCAACUGCCGACAUGCAUAGGCCAUAGAUUAUACAUGUUACAACAAGUGCCAAGGACGUGACCAUGCUUCUUGCAGCUGCAGUUGUAUUAAUUAUAUUACUGGCACAGCGUGAACCAUGUCUGGCUGUGGGUGAAUCCAUCAAAUGUUCAACAAGCAAGGAUUGCGGCUAUAUUGCUGUUUGUGCUAACAGGCAGUGUCACUGUCCAGAUUCAUACACUUUACACGAUAAUGGGAAGGACUGCAAAGAUAUUAAGUGCCCCGCACUAGAUUGCCUUGAGUGUACCGAUAAUUUAUUUUGCAAGAGAUGUGCACUCUACCUUGUCCAAGAGACUGGAAUGUGCUUACUAAACUGCAGUACACAAGUUGUAAUACAAAAGCAUGGUCGCUUGGUCUGUAAAGAAGCUGUUAACAAAUCAGCUAAUAACACAGAUGACAAACCUAGUAGCACUCUUCCGAAAGAUAACUGUACAUUGCAUGAUUGUCUUGAAUGUUCACCGGAAGGAAAAUGUUUGAAAUGUCUGAAGUUUAAGUCUGCUACUACUGGCCUAUGUUUAGAAGAAUGCAAUGGCCAUGUGUUGUGGAAAGAACACAUUUGUAAAGAAGAUGAUAAAAAUGCUGGGACCGAUAACGACACCAUCAUAGCUGUUGUUGCGGGUGUAGCUGCUGGCGUGCUGUUAAUAAUAAUUGUCACAGUCUGUGCUUGCUGUUAUGUCAGGAAAACAAGAAAGAAGAUUAAUUUGCAAGAGAAAAGCUACAAAUCAGGCCAGAUGGAAAUGGGAAAGCUUAGACAAAUUCCACAUUAUGAUAACAAAGCUUUUGAAAUGGACAACAUUGUAGAUUUCCAUGCCAGUGUAGUGGAUGCCGAGGUGUACUUACAACAGCUGGAGCAGCUCCGCCCACACAUGGAUAUGCUGAUGACCGUUCUCAGCGACAUUCGACGCAAACUUCGAGGGAUGGAGCCAAACGAUCCAAGAGUUCCCACAUACAAAGGUGUAAUACACCAACUAUGUCGUGUCUUGGUUCUGCUCCACAAGAAAGACCCGACAACCAGUAUUCCAUCUGAUGCCCUCGGACUCAUAGAGUGGGCACAGCAGAUGCUGGAAGAUCAUCGAGAGCAGGAGGAGCAUAGUUCAUUCAGUAUCCAAGACUCUCCUGUGAACCGAAUAUCUUACAUCGAUGUCGACCUGGACAAACUGAACAGCCACGUGUAUGCGACACCCAUCCCGCCCACUGCCAACCAUAACGUGAUGGUGCAGAACCCGUCCAGCUCGCACAACACCUCUGGCUACUACAGCAGCGUGCCUGUGCCGCUGGGCACUAACCUCAACAACAUGUACGCCACCAUCAACCGCAGUCCGGCCAACCCCAUCUUCCACGGCAACCAGAACCUCAACAACACCACCGCCGCCACCAAACUGUGGUCGUUCAAGAAGGUGAACAAUACGGCUAAAAGCCGAACGGUGAAUAACUACCCGAAGGCCUACUUCGCCAAUGGCCGGUACUACGAUCCGAACCCACAGACAGAGGUGUAUGCUCCAGCCAGUUCUUACAGCGAUCGGAGUGCGGGACCGCUGUCCACGUUUAUUGGAGAUCGGCCACGGUCGGGGUCGUUGUCAACGAAUGCUGCAUCAAACGGUGACGAGAAUGUUGAUGAACUUGAUGAUGAUUAUGACGAUGGGGAAGGUUUGCCCUUUGACCCCCGAGAAGCUACAGAUCCGGUAGAAGUGUGAGAAUUGAGCAGGAGUCGACCCACCAUAUUUGUGCAAUCAUAUGUUUGUAGUGGGAGUGUGUAGAUCUAGAGUAGAUGACAUUAGAAUCAACACAGAACAAACACUAAGAUUUAAUGUGUCAAAACCAUACACCCCAUUAUAUUUAAUCAUUAUCUUCCUAAUGCCGAGAUAUGUUUUUAGUUUGGUUUGUAUUGUUUUUAAUUGCUACAGUAACAAAAAUGGUAGCACAAAUUUGCUUAAUACCAAAACUGCACUAAUCAUAAAUUAGGUUUGUUUGUUUGGGUUUGUUUUUGCUAAAUUUUCAAUAUUUUAAAGUAUUUGCUGAAUAAUAUGGAGUAAAAUGUUAUACUUUGUUACCUUUUUCAAAACCAUUUGCAUAUUUCAUUCUGCUACAUCUGUAAUGUAAGAUUAAGCGUUUAAUAUUCCUACAUGUUGAUUGAAAUGUCUUAGGGUGAAUAGCUGUAUUGAUAGAGAAUGAUAAAUGGCUACCAGUAUUCUUGUACUGCUAAUUCUGCUUCCUGUGUUUGUGAUACAUGUUUUAUUGAGGGCCACAAUAACUUAUUUCAGUUGUAAUUGCCUAAUGAGUUUUGAUGAAUUGACCAGGGCCCAUAUGAUGGAUAGGGCACUUGUCUGUGCUAACUUCUAAAUGGUAGUUACAAUGGAAAUAUUGGUACAGAAGCUAUUGAUUUUUAAAUAUGUCUGGUUGACCAGAUGGUAGUAUAAGCAUUUUGCCCCCCUUGUCCACCUACAGAAUAGAAUAAAAAUAAAUUAAUGUACAUUUACAUCUUCCAUAAAAGCUUGAGACAUUAAUAAACCAAAAACAUUGUGGUAAGAUGUCUUUUGUUAUCCAUUCUUACUCCGUUUGACCGUUAUGAUAGUAAUUAAUUGGGCUUUGUUUGAAUAGAAUAUUGAAUACCAUUGUCACAAGCAGCUUAAAAACAUAUUUCUAAUUUGAAAUAAAUUGUGAUAUAAUUUGACAUGUAUAUGCAUUAUUAUCGAAUGCUGAUUGCAUUGCCUGUUAAUUAAUAGACUUUAUUUUUUAGAUGCACUGUUUCCAGGGAUUUAAAAAAAUAUAUAUUUCAGUUAAAUAAUUGUCAUAUUUGUGAUUGAUAUUUAUUUUUACCACAAGUCCAUAAACAUUAUUAACCAUAAAAGAGAAAUAAAUAUCUUUGCUUUUGUAAGUUUAGUACAUAUGUUUUUAUAUAUUAGACUGAUUUUUGUUUUUCUUUUUAAAGAUAAUCUGAGAUCAUAAUGUUUUCAUUAUGCUUUGUUUAGGUCUGUUGGAAACAGAUAAAUGUUUUGACUGAUCAUGAUAAAUUUGUUUUUAUUGAAUCGUGUACUUGAUUACAUACUGUAGAGUUAGAGGAAUGGUUGUGUUGCUAUGUGAUUUUUAUAAUGUUCAAUACAUUAUGAGAAAUCCUUGAAUUUUAUCCAUUUUUAAUGUCAUAUUCUGCUCAUAUAUAUUAUCUAAUAUGUGUAUUGCAACAUUGAGUGCAUCUAAUUUGCUUAAUUCGUGUGAACCAGUUGAAAAAUGGCUGCUGAUUUAAGAAUUUAACCACAAGUAUUUACCUGUAUUUAUUUAAUCAGAUGAUAUAUUUUAAUUAGUUUUGUAAUUAUAAUAUUUUUGUUUGAUGUUGGUCGGCUUCAUUGGUGUGUUCUAAGGUUAGAAUGUUUUACAGAUCUGUGUUGUGUCUAUCCACAGUUUUAAAACACAUUUUAUUGACAGUUAAGGUAAUAAGUGUUUUUUAAAAGUGAAAUGCUUGGUUGUGAAUAAAUUUGAUUGUAACCAAACUGGGUACAGUAUUUAAAUUUUUAUAUUUAGGAAGUUAUGCAUUGAUUGUUUAUUUUAUUUUGUUUUAUUCGAUCACUACAUUCAUAUUUUCUAGUAACCUGGGCAAUAUUUGUGGCAAUCUUCAAACAAUUGUAGGCUUUGACAUGCAGUGUAGUGAAGUCAUAGCUUAUUACAGUUGUGUGAUAUCAUAGCACUAUGAUAGCUUUGGAAAUCUCUAGCCUAUAUUGUACAUGGGCUACUAGAUUCUGCUUAUUUCAGUGGUUGUUCAUGUGUCUCCAAUAGUUAUUGUCAUAAAAUUGCAUUCUUAUGUUCAUGAGUUUAAAGAACCAUCCUGAGUGUAGCCAUUUUAAAGGUUUUUUUGCAUAUUUUUACAUUAUUAAAAUUAUAAUUCACUUAAAUUUUCAUGCUUAGAACAUGAAAAUGUCUCGAUAACCAAUGCAUUUCUGGACAUCUUAAUGUUUUGUAGUGUCUCAAUAUCAAUUUUGUUUUGUCUCAAAUAAUUUCACAUGUACAAAUUUAUUAUUUCUUCCAAUGACCAAACAAAAUAUGAAAUAAUGUGGCCAAAUGUCAUUCAAAAUGUAUUUAUCUGUACAAUUAUAUACAUAUAUACCCAUAUUUAAAACAUGUUACGGUAAGGUAGUGUUUUAAAGAAGAGGAACAAAUGGAUGUCUUGCUAAGGCUGAAAACUCAAAGGGUCACUUUAAACAUAAUUUUAACAGAGCCAAGGUGACCAACCACUUAAUUUAUUUUCAAAUAAUUUUCGUACUGAUAUCGAAUUAAGAUUCAAGCACACUGUUCUGGGAACAUGCCUCAGCUAUCUGGGCUGUAUCCAGGACAAGGAGUUAGUGGUUAGUGGUUAGUGUGAGAAAAGUCGGUGUAGUGGCCUUACAACUCCACAAUGAGUCCCUGAUAAUUGCUCUGGGUGGGAGCCGGUACUGGGGUGCGAACCCAAUACCUACCAGCCUCAAGUCUGAUAAGUUAACCACUAUAUCACCAAGGCUGGUAAUCACAUCCAUCUUCCCCAGUAGUCUUGUGAAUCAUGGUCAUUAAUUGUUUCCUUAACAAGUUCUUUAUGGCAUCUUUCAUUACCAACAUGUAUGCAGGAUGUCCUGGGCUGGUGGUUGAGGUGUUGAUGAAUAGGACCUGUCAAUGACAACAUUUUGUUGCUAUUGUUUUUUUAAGGGAACCUAAUAUGGUGGUUGUUUUACUGUGCUAACCAGUAUCCCACGAGUAGUAUAUCGAAAACUGUGGUAUGUACUGUCCUGUCUAUGGGAAAGUGCAUAUUAAAGAUCCCCUGCUAGUAUAUUUGUUUGUGAUUACAAAAUUCUGUUAAAUACCUUUUGCUCAAUUUGUUGUGAUUUUUUUUCUUUUAAUUUGUUUGAUUAUUUUAUAUUUGUAACAAUAGAUGAACUAGACUAUUAAUGAUUACUCAUUCCUGGGUACAAAUUAUUGUCUCUGGUACUGUUAUUGGGCAAGAAUAUAAAUUGUUAAAUCUUUCAAGUGCCUAAAGUAUUCAGGCUGUCUUUGCCUUUUCUACUGUCUCAAGUAGUGUGUGCCUUCUUCUGUCAAUUAUUUUUGCCUUCUCUUGUAGUGUCUUAGUUUAUCUUCCAAGUUCAAAUACUGAGGAGAUACAAAUUUUCGCUGACAACAAUGUUUAUUGUUGUGGUUAUUUUUCAGUCUUUUACAUCAAUGUUGAAAGCAGGGGGCACUCAUGCACACAUCCCACCCCACCAACCACCACCCCCACCCCUAAGUCUGCAGCUGAGGUGGGAUAAAUAGGUGCUGUCCACCACUUAAUAGCUGAUGUUGCUGGCGUCUUCAAACAUCUUUGUAUUAUUUGAUCAUCAAACUAACUUUUAGAACAUAUUUUUUUGGAAAAUAGCUGCAGUAAGCAUAUCAUGUAUUUUAGAAUUUUUUAUAGGUUUCAUCUCCGUCCAUUUGACUGUCUGUCCAUUUGUCUAGCCCAAACAAAAUUUUCUGGAUGGUUGGUUUUUUUUGGUUCACAAUGCCUUCAAAUUUUGUGUACAGCUGUAUCAUGUACCAUUACAGAUCAAGUUUGACUUUCAUGGCAAUUUACCCAUUUUUCAUAGAGUUAUAGCCCUUGACUUGGGAGGUAUGAAAAUUUGUUUUCUGGACUCUUUUUUGUUGUUGUUGUUGUUGUUGUUGUAAUGCCUGAAGAUAUUGAGAUGGAAUUUUGUAUGUAACUGUUACAGACCAAGUUUGACUUUCAUGAUGAAAAACCCAUUUUCAUAGAGUUAUGGUCUUUGAACUUUAGGAGAUAUUAAAAAUUGUUGGGCCUGGUAGGGGACAUCUGUUGUUUGAGUACUCUCUGAAUGCUAUUUAAAUAUUUUAGUAAUCUAUUCCUUAUGCCCCAUAUAGAACAUAUCUAAACUUAUCUUCCUAAAUUUAUAUUCUGUUUUUCAAAAGAAGAAUAUACAUGUAGAAAAACUUUAAUUUUUAUAUACAUUGUACAUGACAAUGUUUUGUGCAUCUAAUUUUAAUAUAACUAUAUAUAUCAUUUUAGUUCUUGUCAAUUAUGUUUUAUGAAAAAAACAUUUUGUUAAAAAUAUUUAUAUAAUUUAUAUUAAAUGUGGUAGUUAAUAUAUUCCUGAUUUUUUUUUUAAAGCAAAAGUGAAGAAAUGCAUUUAACAAUAGAAAUCUAGUCCAGACAAUUUAAUUACAAUUGGUUUUAUUGUUUUUUAAUUAUUGAUAACCCAGUAUCAUCAGAAUUCUGGUAUGUAUGAAAUGGUAACAGUAGGAACUGUCUUGAGUUUCUGUGGAUAUCUGGACAACCAAGAAGACACCAAAUAAACAGAAAUUAAUAUUCUGUUAAAAAACCUGUAAGUGGAAACUAGAAAUACUUUACAGUGUUGUAAGAGGAAUACAGACCCUUAACCAAGAUAUUUAAAAAACAAAAAACAUUAACCAUUUAAACAUUUUAUUUUUGUCUGUUCUAUAAUGGUUGUAGUUUUUGCCUAUUUUAGUAUUAAAAAUGGCCUUUUUCAUAUUUGUAAUAUAUUCAUUAUACAAGUUCUCAACCUCGUAACAUAUUUUUGAUGACAAAUUUAUUUUUGUAUUCCUUUUUUUGUUUUUUAGUUGUGAGUAUCAAAUUUUUUUAAAGUUGGUAUUAAAAUUAGACUAAGAAAAUCAUAUAAUAAAAUAUCAGGAUUAGCAACGAGCCAAAACAUUUUGAAUUUUUAAUCAAAUAAAAUAUCUCAGAAGCUAAAUAAACUGUGUUUUGAACACAGUACAUAAAUAUACAUA